GGCAUCAGCUGUAGGGAUAGAUAUCUUCCUUGGCAAUGGGGAAACCUGUGUGAAAGGAAUGGGAGUGAAAACAGGUUACCGUCCUAUUCCAACAGACCCUUACCUGGGAGGGAAUUCACCCUUACCACCCCCUGUAAGUGACAGGAUGAGAAAGAGACGGGCUUUUGCUGAUAAAGAGUUGGAGAACAUUAUGCUAGAGAGAGAGUAUAAAGAGAGAGAGAUGAUGGAAGCUACACAAGCAGCUGCUCUUUUUCUCCCUAACCGCAUGGUGCAUGGAGCUGAGUAUAAAACAGCUUUCAACACUACGCAAGCUGAGACUCCGAACAAGGAGUUUUGCAAUUUUUUGCCAACCUGCCUUGAUCUAACCAUGCAGUAUUCAGGAUCCAGCAAUAUGGAACUAAUCUCUUCAAAUGUCAGUGUAGCUACUACCUACAGGCAGUAUCCCCUAUCUUCUAGGUUCUUAGUGUGGCCAAAAUGUGGCCCCAUUAGCGAUGCUCUCCUCUACCAGCAAUGCCUGUUGAAUGCUACUACUGUCCAAGCUGUCAAACCUGGGACAGGUUGGGAUGCCAAGGUCUCACAAAGCCAGGACUGUCCAAAUGCCGAGCAUGACAUCAUGUCUCCAAAACUGGAAAAUUCAUUUGUUCUGACCCACACGCAAGACAUUCAGCAGCCACAUAAUGAGAUACCAUGCCAUCCUCAGGAAGCUCGUGAGAAGUCAGCUUUCUCUCCUCCAAAAAGGACUUUCUCUCAGAUUUCUGAUAAGGAUUCUCUGGCUCCUCAGGAGCAGGUAUUAAGCAAGAUCAGCAAAGACAGUGCCAAGCCCCCUCCACUGCUCAAAUACAAUCCAUUUCAGUCACUGUUCCAGCAAACAUUUCCUGACAGAUCAUCAGAAUUGAGAACAUCAUUUGUGAAGGAGGUUUUUGAAGAUGCUCAUAAGAAAUACAGAGAGUGUGCCAUUAAAGAGAACCAAAACCACAAGUUUACAGUGGACAAAUGUGCAAAAGACUUCCCUGGGGCCAAACAGGCCACAACAAGACUUUCCACAACCGAGCCACUGUCAUUUUCAGUUGAAUCCAUCCUUAAACGACCUUCUUCUGCAGUUGCUAAUGUCUCUCAAUAAAUAAACUAUACCUUCAGCAUAGUGAGUUUAUAUGCCUUGCCUUCUGCAGAAUUGCUACUGCCUGCCUUGCCCCUUAAAAGAUUUGUAAAGAGGAUUUUCUGCUGUAAAUGGUAAUUCUUUCUUUUAUCUCAAAAUGACAUAGAUAAAUAUGCAUGUUUUGUCUUCUGAAAAGAUAAUUUAAUUUUUUUAAAAUGGAAACUGCAUAUAUAGACUGUAAAGUGUUGUUAUUUUAAGCAGCCCUUCAAACCAUUCAAUAAAAUGAGACUAUC